CGAAAAUAAUAAAGAUCCGCAUAUGCGCGAUUCAUCCUGGCUUCUUUUAUGCGACAGACGUGACAUAUUGACCGGAUAACCCUGCAACAUGCCUAAGCUCGACGGCUUGAGGCCUGAGACGGCAAUCCUUUCCCCAAAGAAGAGGAAAAGCAGCGUUCUCGAUGCAAAAGACCCCGGCGUCUCGCCAACUCCCAAGUCAAAAAAAUUGAAGAAUGACGCUGAGCGAUUGGAGAAGCUCUUUGCGACUCCACAGGCUAAAGCAAAAAACUCCGGGAGGUACCGACGUUGCAAAAAGGCAUCGCGGUAAACGCAGGUCGAAGAAAUCUGCGACAUGGAAAGUAUCGGAGCCCGUGGGAGGAAAAUUCCUGAACAACGAACCCGUUUUCAGCGCGGAUGAGAAGUAUCUGUUCGUCGCGAAUGAAACCGCCGUUCAUAUCUACUCAACCGCAACGUCCCUCCUUGUCCGGGCUCUCGUUAUCGGCGGCACAACCGUGGUUACCGGGUAUGCGCUUUCACCCACAAAGCCGAACACAUUAUAUGUUUCUACCUUGUCCGGUCUCAUCUAUCAUUGGGACUGGGUAGAGGGCGAGAAACUAGGACGAUGGGAGAUUGGCUCGGAUAUCUUCGGGCUGGCCGUAGCUCCCAUGCCUUCCCAGCCUCAUCAAGACAUUGUCUACACUGUCGACAAAAAGCAAAAGUGGAUGUUGACCGCUCACAAGCUCAUGAGUGGAAUCGAGGCAUCAAAGACCGAACUUGCGACUCUCUACCGAUCUACAAACCCCAUCACCUCGUUGAGAAUCGUGCAAGGGGGAAGAGUUAUUGUUGCAACCUCGGGCGAUCGACUUCUGGUAGGGUUCAGCGAAGCUUUCCAGUCACCAUCUCUUCAAGAACUCUCCUACGUCUUCCGUGAGAUUUCAUCGUCUGAAUGGAUUACAUGCAUCGACAUCCGGGAGUCGAGCGGUGAACGGCAAUCCGGCGGCAAGAAGGCCAAGUCUCAGCAAGGAAACCGUGCGCCAUCCGUCGACAUUGUUGUUGGUGGCCUUCAAGGUGCCAUCUUUGUCCACGAAGAUUUAUUAAAUAAGAUGAUCCAAAUGGAGCGCCCAAGUACGGGCAGGGAGACUUUCAAGAUCACUCCUCGAAAGCUGCAUUGGCACCGUGAAGCCGUCAAUACUGUCAAAUUCUCCCUCGAUGGCAAUUACAUUAUUUCCGGUGGUUCGGAAACUGUCUUGGUUCUUUGGCAAGUUGACACUGGCAAGCGCCAAUUCCUGCCCCAUCUGGCAUCCGUCAUUGAAACGCUAGUGGUCUCUCCAUCCGGUACCUCGUAUGCCGUCAGACUUGCCGAUAACUCUGUCAUGAUUCUCUCUACGAGCGAGCUCAAGCCUACUGCCAACAUUGCCGGUAUCCAGGCAAGAUCAAUCACCGCACAACUCAUUCCUCGCGGAAAAAUCACCACGGUGGAGUCCCUCGAGGCAGCGGCCUCUUCGACUGAAACGGGCAUGGAAUUUCCCCGGAUUCCUUCUUGCAUUAGCCGCGUGAACCCGACUCAGGUCUUGGUCGCCGUGCCGGCUUCACAAUCCAAUGUUCAAGGCGCCAAUGUGAAUGCGCCGUAUCUCCAGACAUUUGAUUUUACUGCUGCACAGCACGUUUCUCGCCAGGCCUUGGCCAGAACGAACACGACAAACCUCAACAUCGGCCCUGACGCCAACAAGAUUGGUGAACCAGACGUCAAGUUUGUCCAGGUCAGCUCCGACGGCCAAUGGCUCGCCACGAUCGACGAAUGGGCGCCCCCGCGAAAAGACGUCGAGCAUCUUGCCGUGGACGGACCAGAUGCUUCUGAAGAGCAGACCCGUCGUCGAGAAGUUUUCCUCAAGUUCUGGAAAUGGAAUGUUGAGACCAAGGACUGGGAGCUAGUUACUCGAGUGGAUGCACCUCACGAGUGCCCAGUCUCUGGCGUGUCUACAGGACGUGUUUAUGGACUUCAGGCAGACCCAUCAUCGCCGGGUUUCGCUACCAUUGGCGAAGACGGCGCAGUCCGUAUCUGGAAGCCCAAGACACGACUUCGGAACGGCAUCACCGUCCGCGGAAGUAACGCCGAAGGUUUGACCACCUGGGGCUGCGUGCACACUGUUGCCCUUGAUCGAUUCAGCCAAACCGACAGCGCGGAUCCCGCGCAGGAAAAUACUCCCAUCCGACGCGCGUGCCUGGCCUACUCUGCCGACGGAUCCACGCUGGCCGCAUGCAUUCAGGAGUCCGCCGAGACAGACUCUGGCGUCGUUCACUUCAUCAACCCUGCGACCGGCGGCGUCCCAUAUAUCAAAUCCGGUCUCUACCAGGGCGUAAUCUCCGCCAUUGGGUUCGUUGGACGGUACCUCGUUACGGUGUCUGAUCUGGUUCUUGUCUGGGACGUAGUCGAGGACCGGGCCUCUUUCAGUUUCGCGCCACCUAUCAGCACAUUUACCGAAACCCAGCGAGCAUCGAUGCUCCAUCUCGCAAUUGAUACCUCCAGCGAGACCUUUGCAGUAGCCAUCCCAUCUGCCGACAGCACGAAGAGGUUACAUCAAUUGCAAAAGGCGCAUUCCCAAGUCGCCAUUUUCGAUCCCGCCAAUUCUUCUCCAAUCUUCACGACCUCCAUGCCUCGCAUCGUAACCUCGUUACUUCCCACCAUUGGUUCAAAGGGUUAUCUCACCAUUGAUGCUAGCGCCCAAAUCCGCGUCCUCACACCUCGCAGUAUCCCUGCUGUGUCCAUUUUCCGUCCCGAUCCUGAGCGCAGAGAAACCUUGUCCGGAUUGGAGAAUAUUUAUGGAGACGCAGAUAAGGAAGAUGAAACAGUGGCCGCAACCACAAGCACUGCCAUGGACAAACGCGCCAACGAGAGCGACGAGGAGGAGGAUGAUGACGAAGACGCUGGCCAGGACGACGCUCAAUUUGCGGCAACGCAUCAUAUCGAGGAGGAUAAUGAUGACAAUGAUGAGGACGAUGCUCCCGUGGUUCGUCAAGAGCAACUCACGCAGAUAUUUGACGUGGGUCCUUCAUUCGCUCUGCCUCCUGUCAGCGAGCUCUUCCAGCAGGUUGUUAGUCUCUUUUCGCGAAAGCCUAGAAAUGCAUAGGGCAUUGUGUGUACGGUCGAAUUAUAUUUCCUUUUUUAGGCCUCGUCAAGUGGCAUUCCGGGUGUAUCUGAUCUUACGUUGUUCUCUUUCCCCCCAACUUUUUUCAUUUGAUUUCUUUUCAUCAUUAGGGUUUUCAUCUAGACGGGCCUUUUUUUCUCUCGGUUUUGAGGCAUUUAAAUUUUUAUAUUAGCUAUGGGGCGAUUUAUAUUGAUUUGGCUAGA